AUGUCUGACGAGGAACACCAUUUUGAUUCCGCCGAUGCUGGCGCAUCGAAGACGUUUCCGCAACAGGCUGGAGCCAUUCGCAAGGGCGGCCACCUUGUAAUCAAGGGACGACCUUGCAAGGUUGUGGAGGUUUCUACCUCUAAGACUGGGAAGCACGGUCACGCGAAGUGCCACUUCGUCGCGAUUGAUAUAUUCACCAAUAAGAAGCUGGAAGAUAUCGUUCCGUCUUCUCACAACUGCGACGUUCCAGAAGUGGUUCGCACGGACUACCAACUCAUCGAUAUUUCGGAAGAUGGCUUUGUUUCUCUUUUGACGGAGACGGGUGACACGAAGGACGAUCUUCGCCUCCCGACCGAUGACGCUAUCCUCUCACAGAUCAAGGAUGGUUUUGGGCGUGUGAAUCUCAUCGGCGAGCACAUUGACUACGAGGGGUACGCGGUGCUGCCCAUGGCCAUUCACCUGGAUACCCUUGUCGCCAUCAGCUGUGCACGGACGCCAAGCAUGGAGACAUCUGCGUGUAAGGAUGACUCGCCUUUCCCGCCUCGCCUGCGCGUGGCGAACAUGGACCCCGCCAAGUACCCUGCCACGGAGUUCAGCAUCCACGCCAAGCAGGAAGUUGACACAAGCAACCACAGCUGGGGCAGCUACUUUCUUUGUGGAUACAAGGGCGUCUGGGAUCAUGUGCACGAGACAGGGGGUAGAGAGGAACCAACUCUUGGACUUGAUGUGCUUGUGGAUGGCUGCGUGCCUCUUGGGUCUGGCCUGUCCAGCUCAGCUGCCCUCGUGUGCUCCUCUGCCAUCGCUGUCAUGGCCGCCCUUGGAUUUUCGUUCCCCAAGGCGGAGAUAGCUGACCUGGCAUGCCGCUGCGAGCGAUACAUCGGCACUCAGUCUGGCGGCAUGGACCAGGCCAUUUCCAUCUUUGGAGAGCGCGGCGUGGCACAGCUGAUAGAGUUCAACCCCGUGAGGGCGCACGCGGUGCCUCUGCCGUCCACCGCCGUGUUGGUGAUCGCCAACUCCCUGGCAGUCUCCAAGAAGGCCGAGACUGCCGCCACCAACUACAAUCGCCGGGUUGUGGAGUGCCGCCUCGCCGCCAUGGUACUGGCAGUGCGGCUGGGCAUGGAGCCUGCCACAGCACGCGCCUCCAUCAGCACACUGGCAGACGUGGACGCCCUCUGUGCUGCCAGCAGCGCGUCACCACAGCCACCAGACGAGCACGCUGCGCUGGAUGCUGUGCGGCGCUGCCUGCAUGCUGACCCGUACAGCGCGUGCGAGAUCGAGGCUCUUCUUCAAGCGUCACUUGCCUCUGUCUUUGCCGACUCACCAACCUCCCUCGCUGUCAUCGCUGCCGCCACCGAAUUCAAGUUACAGCAGAGGGCUCUUCAUGUGUAUGCAGAAGCUCAUCGCGUCUUUGCAUUCAGGGAUGCUGCUCUCUCUGCACCUUCUGACUCCACUGCACCUGCCAUUUCAGCAGGCCCCUCUGUGCUGCUUUCUCUUGGCCGCCUUAUGGACGACAGCCACGCGAGCUGUCGCGACCUCUAUGAAUGCAGUUCCCCUGAGCUCGAGCAGCUGGUGGCGUGCUGCAAGGCGCACGGCGCCCUGGGAGCCCGCCUCACAGGCGCUGGCUGGGGCGGCUGUGUGGUGGCGCUGGUGCACGCUCACGAGACAGACUCCUUCCUCGCGCACCUCAAGGAAGACUAUUACGCACCCAAGAUUGCUGCCGGCACCAUCACUGAAGCCGACCUGCCCAACUGUGUUUUUGCUUCCCACCCUGCAGCAGGGGCAGCCCUGCUCAGGCUGUGA